AUGACAUCUCCACCCUUCCAGGAGAGAAAGCCUGUCAAGGACUUGCAGAAAGUCUUCCACUAUACAGACACCAUGUCUCGCAAGCCCACAAGGGACAACGACCCAUACGAAUACAUGGCCGGUUUUGGAAAUCGUCACCAAUCUGAAGUGAUCCCAGGGACCCUACCUGCAGGGCAAAACAACCCCCAGGAAGUUCGAUUUGGUUUAUAUACGGAAGGCAUUACCUACUCGGCCUUCGCAGCGCCUCGACAUGCCAACUUCAGUACAUACAUGUACCGAGUGCGGCCAGCUGCAGCUCAUAAUGGCUACACGGCCAACAUCCCCCACAAAUCGGACAUCGAGAACUGCUUUUUAACCCUUAACCCCAAGGUGGCAACACUGGCAGAACAAGGAGAGUGGGCACCAUUUCCGUUGCCCAAGGAUGAUGAGAAAAUCGAUUUCGUGGACGGUCUACACACACUGGGUGGAAGCGGAGAUCCAAACUUGCGUGAGGGAAUCGCCCUCUAUGUCUUCAUGAUCAACACAGAUAUGGACCACCGCGCCUUUUGCAACACAGAUGGUGACUUCCUUAUCGUCGCCCAGCUGGGCAACUUGGACGUCCAGACAGAGCUGGGGCACUUAUUCUUGCAGCCUGGUGAAAUCUGUGUGAUUCCUCGCGGUAUUCGGUUUGCAGUACGAUUAGGUCCUGAUCACAAGGUUGCUCGUGGCUACAUCACAGAGAUAUGGGGCUCAAGAUGGGAACUGCCAGACCUGGGGCCGUUAGGAGGACACGGUCUGGCCAAUCCACGGGACUUCUUGCACCCUGUGGCCCACAUCGAUGAAAAUCUUCAUGAGGACUGGACGAUUGUGAACAAGGCAAAUGGACUGUACAAUGCCAUUGCCCAGGACCACAGUCCAUUUGAUCUGGUCGCCUGGCAUGGAAAUGUUGUCCCCUAUAAGUACGACCUUACAAAGUUCUCAUCGCAAAAUGCAACAUCCAUCGAUCAUACCGAUCCAUCCGUCAAUUGUGUUUUGACAGCUGCAUCUCGCGACCCUGUCACUCCGUUGGCAGAUUUCUUGUGGUUUGGCCCACGUUGGGAUGUUGCCUCCAAUACAUUCCGCCUACCAUACUUUCAUCGUAACUCAGCCACAGAGUUUUUGGCUUCUUUGUAUGGAAAUGGACUGGGUCGCUCAGAUGAUUUUCUCCCUGGCGGAGGCAGUGUCGAGAUUAGCCACACGCCCCAUGGAAAUUUCAAUGAAGCCUAUGUGUAUGAGAUGAGGAACCAGGUGAACGAGCCUCGAAAGAUUUUGGAGGAUCAAAUGACCAUCAUGGUAGAGAGUAGCCGGGCGUUCUUGUUCACAGAAUAUGCGCGAACUGGCUGCGGCACCUUCAAAGAUCAAGGUACCGACCCAAAGGUGUGGGACGCUUUGCCGGAUAAAUUCUCUUCGUACCCCAAUAUUGGAAAGAUACUCAAGCGGGUUAAACAGGAUAAGAAAGCUCGAAAGCAGCAGUUGGAGAUCUUAUUUGAUGACGAUCGACUGGCGGAAGCGAUUAAUGAAUGUGUAUAA